CCGGCUCCCCGACUUGCUUGUGUUUCUGCUAAUGGCGAGCCCUGCGCUGUGCUGGAACGACCCUGACAAAAUAUUGUUGCGGGAUGUAAAAGCUCUUACUCUCCACCAUGAUCGCUAUACCACUUCCCGGAGGCUGGAUCCAAUCCCACAGCUGAGAUGUGUUGGUGGCACAGCUGGUUGUGAUUCUUACACCCCACAAGUCAUACGGUGUCAGAACAAAGGUUGGGAUGGUUAUGAUGUACAGUGGGAAUGUAAGACUGAUUUGGAUAUUGCAUACAGAUUUGGAAAAACUGUGGUGAGCUGUGAAGGCUAUGACUCCUCUGAAGACCAGUAUGUACUCAGAGGUUCCUGUGGCUUGGAGUAUCACUUAGAUUACACAGAGAUUGGCCUGAAGAAAUUGAAAGAAUCUGGAAAACAACAGGGCUUCUCUUUCUCUGAUUAUUAUUAUAAGUUAUACUCGGCAGAUUCCUGUGCCACUGGUGGAUUGGUUACCAUUGGAGUGCUGCUAACUAUUGCCUUUGUAGUUUAUAAGUUGUUUCUCAGUGAUGGCCAGUAUUCACCCCCACCGUAUUCUGAAUGUCCACCAUAUUCCCAGCAUUAUCAGAGGUUCACCAGCUCCGCAGGACCCCCUCCACCAGGCUUUAAGUCUCAGUUCACAGGACCACAUAAUACUGGCCGUGGUGCAGCUUCUGGUUUUGGCAGUGCUUUUGCAGGACAAGGACAUGAAAAUGCAGGACCAGGGUUCUGGACUGGCCUGGGAACUGGAGGGAUAUUAGGAUAUCUCUUUGGCAGCAGUAGGACAACAACACCGUUUUCGGACUCGUGGUACCACCCUUCCUAUCCUCCUCCGCACACUAGCACAUGGAAUAGUCGUGCUUACUCACCACCUCGUGGAGACUUAGGGGGCUAUUCAGCAUGUUCUAACUCAGAUACGAAAACCAGAACAACAUCAGGAUAUGGUGGUACCAGACGACGUUAAAAAAGUUGAACACUGGAGGCAAAAUUUCUGAGGUUUCAUCACUUUCUCUUAGAAAAAGUACUACCUACUAACAAGUGGAGAAGGAAGUAUUCAAAAGUUUUGUGGUGUUUUGUCCUGUAUAGCUUCUUGUAUUUUAUUAUUUGUGGCUAAGUGUUGGUAUACAAGAUGUUUGUUUAUUGUAUAUUAGUAUAACACGCAGGUGUAUAGUGCAGUUUUUGAAAGUGUUGAUUCCUGUGGAAUGCUAAAAAUUUAUUGUUUGCUUCUAUAUAAAACCUGUGAAACCAUAGGAGGCAUUACUAAUGAAAAAGUCACCAGUAGAAACUGGUAAAGAAAAUUUCAAUCUUAGGUGGUUUUAAUGGAUGAGUCAUUACCUCAUCUAAACAGUAAUAUUCUUGUUGGUGUUACAUAAUUUGGUGUUUCCUAUUCUUCAAAUAUUUAAACCAAGCUUUGGACUACUAAUUAUGCUAAUUUGUAGGUUCUGAUCACUUUGGAGCUCUGGAACUCUUAAUCCUCAAGUGAGAGUUACUCUUUACAGGUAAAGGUAGAAAGUAAGCACCUACAAGGUUGUGAAUGAUUUUGUGCUGACAGAUGUACUUGAAAUUUCCCUGUUUCUUCAUUUCCUAAGAGGUGAAGUUCAGGUACUUCAACAAAGGUCUUUUAAUAGCAAAAGCAUGCAUUUCUCUGUGAAAUCUCAAAUGUUGUUGUAAUAGUGUUUGAAUCACAUUAAAAUGAC